GGCGCGGCGGGGGUAGCGCGGCGCCGCGGCUGCACACCCCCGCCCGCCGCCAUGGCGGCCUUGCCCCGGCACCGCCGCUUUCUGGGCGGCUUCUUCUGCGGGGCCGCGGCGGGCGCCGCCGUGUCGUGCUGGGUUGCGUGGCGGCUUCUCCGCAGCCAGAGCCAGCUGGAGCCGGUCCCCGGGCGAGCCCUGCCGGAGGAACCAGUAGAAGAGUCUCUGCUGGAAAAAUAUGGAUUCCCUGAAGCUGGAACAGAGACCAGAUAUUAUACAAAUCAUGCAUUGUCUUAUGACCAGGCAAAACGAGUGCCUAGAUGGGUGAUAGAACAUAUUUCAAAACAGAAGACGCUGGGCAGUGCGGACCGAAGGCACUGUAAAUUCAGACCAGAUCCUAACAUCCCUCUAAUGUUUAGUGCUGUCAAUGAAGAUUACCUUGGGAGCGGAUGGUCACGAGGACACAUGGCACCAGCGGGAGAUAACAAAUUUUCAACAAGAGCUAUGGCUGAAACAUUUUAUCUGUCCAACAUCGUACCUCAGAAUUAUGAAAAUAAUGCUGGAUUUUGGAACAGAAUGGAAAUGUAUUGUCGGGAAUUGACCCAGAGAUUUGAGGAUGUUUGGGUAGUUUCUGGACCUCUGACCUUGCCUGAAACAAGUGAUGAUGGAAAGAAGAGUGUUACUUAUCAGGGCACCCAAUGUCAAAAUAUUCCUGUCCUGCACAGACUGGGUGGUGCCUUACUCACUGAUGGUGCUUUGAAGAGCAUGAGCUGUACUUUGGUGACACAAGAGAGUGCAAAGUGGCUGAAGGUGUCCGUCCGAUGGGAGAUCCAAGCUCCAGGAGAGGAAAAUCAGGCCAGAAAGAGAGAAGAAAAAAGCCCGACAGAAAACCCCGACCUUUGCUACAACCAGCUGUGAUUGGAGGCUUUCCAAGCCUGAGUGAGCUGGGUGAGGUGGAAGGGAGGCGUGUUCCCUCUAAAAGCCCUUUCCCUGGAGAGCCCAGGCUAUGGAUGCCACAGCCAAGGCGCCGUUUGAAGCAGCCUGGGCAGCUGGUGAGGUUAUCACGGGUAACAAGUCAGCCAAACACACAGCAGGGGAUGUAGAGCGGCCGCUUUGCUUCAUUUAGUGGCAAAGCAGAUAGCAUGGUGUCCCCCAAAAAGCUCACCCCAACGUCAAACACCAGCUUUUGCAUUUUCCAGCGGCUCAUGAGUAAAAUAAGCCUGGGGGUGAAAGGGAGAGAAUAUGCCUUGGUGCUGCUGACGCCGAUGCCUUGUAACCUGGGUAGGGCAGUAAUAGCUCAUCCUAGAGCAAUAAGAGCUACAAAAUAUCUGAUUUUAUUAGUUAUUGCUCUUUCAAAUGGAUAAGCAGUUUUCAACCAAAACAUAGACUUUUAAAAGCUUUUCUUCUUUACGCAGGUUAAAACUGGGAUCUGUGUCCUAGAAGUUGCAUCCACCUUGCUGUAGUAUUUCGAAAAUACCUGGAGCCUCAGGCUGUGAAAGCAGAGCUUGGAAAGCAAUGCUCGGGGAAGGCUGCUAAUGACCUGGAAGAUGACUGAUACUUAUCCUCACUGAAUUGGCAGUAAAUGUGAAAGAGAUAACUGCAUCUUGAUUUUAACAAAUUCUUUAGAUUUCCAUCUCCACGAGCGCAGGGUUAGAUUCCUACUGUGCACGCAUCUUUUUUAGCUCUCAGACAUCCAUGCACAGCUCCACUCAGGUGAGAAGGGGCAAGAGAGACGUGGAGUGGUCCCAGCAGCAGAUGCUGCUGCACAGCAGCCUUUAUCUCUUCUGCUCACGCCAUUCAGCAUACUUCUCUCUCUGUUAUGACUGGGAAGUGGCUCAGAUGUAUCUGGGAGCAAAGCAGGCUGCAAGCAGUAUAAGCUACACUGGAAAAAGGCACCCUUAUUUUGGGUUUAAAAAAAAGAGAAAAGAGGAAAGAAAAAUCUGCAGAGGGAUUUAACUCUAGAGGGUUCAUACAGCUAAAAAAUGUCCCUGUUCGAGUCAAAGCUUGAAAACCUGGUAAAGCCGGACACAGUGAAGGGAAUGAUGUGUGAAAUGCAGAGGGGAUGUGUAGGGAAGGAGACAGAUUUGCAGAGGUGGCUAUGCAGCGGGGGGGCAAGGAAACCCAGUAAAGGGCUAAAAGCAUGCAUGGCAAAGCCAGGGCAGUGCUGGCUGGGGAACAAUGCAUGACGUACGUCUUUUGGGGCAUGGGAAGGAAAGCCAGGAGGAACUACAGCACACAGCACGUUUUUCUGAGCUCAGCUUUUGGUGAGCAUCAACGGGCUCAGAAUCAGUCCCAUGGCCCAAGGCAGUGCACGAGGUGGAGGGACAGGUGGAGGGGGCAUGGGUCAUGGGCACGGGAAGGAGCAGAAAGAUGCAGCAAUAGGGACCUGUGGCUGCAGACACCUGCUGUGCAGCACCUGCAGAAGCUGAGCUGGAAAUACCCAUCCCAUCCAUGGAGAGAAGAUGGAGCUGAAGUAAUUCUGGUGGGUACUGUCAUGAAAAUACUGUUCAGGUCACCAUAACUAAUGUCCUUCUUUUAGGGGAGGGCUGUCACUGGGAGACGAAGGGUGCCCGAAGCCAAGACCGAGGCACGGUUGUGUAUGUGCAUGCGUGAAGCUUGCACGGAAUCAGCCAAAGGCUCACGUUGAGUCCCGUCCCUUCAGACUCAUUUUGAGGGACAUUUUUUCUCUGUUCAGACCAAAGACCAGGCUAUCCCUUAAAAACUACCCUAUCCCACGCAGCUCCGCAGACGGCUGUCUCCUGCAAUCAGAUCAGGACUGGCAAAAGCCUGCAUCUGAACGGCGAUGCAUGGGCUUUUUAAGAAGCCAUGUGAGAGCAGGCACUUGCCUUCGGGAACCGAUCACAGGGUGAAGAGCAGGGUGACUUAUUUUAGCAAGGACACGAACAAGAAGAGACCACGGCAAUCAUCUGAUUUGCCUUUCUGCACAGUGAAGGCAGGCCAUGAGAAUGUGCCCAGCGAUUCCUGCAGCCAUCCCAGGCUUUUCUGGGUGAGGCAAUGGGCACCAGCUGCAACAUUUAUAAUUACGUGCCCCCUCCCCAAGCGUGUGCCUACCCAUAGCCCAAGGAAUCAAGAGCUGAAUUCAGAUUUCAGAAGAAUAUGUAAUAAUGAUAAUCACAAUAAUCACGCUAGUGCUGUAUUGCCUACAUGGAUAUGUUUGGUGGGUGUGCGUGUGUCAUUUGGGGGAAUUGAGCACAUGCUCAUGCACUAUUGACCCUGUUGUUUUCCUGCCAUUGAUUUUUAAAGGAAACAUUCAAUUAAAAUCCCAUUUAGUCUGGCUAGGCAGGAGCCGGUAUUAUUCAACUGAUAAAGAGAAGAUAAGGCUUCAGAAGCUUCACAUGUGUUAUGGGACUAACUGCUGAAGUUUGCACUAGGACAUAAAUCCUCCCAGUAAUCUGGUUUGCUUGGAUUAAACACUGCAAUAUUCAGGCUGACUCUUUAUUUCUGUGACAUCUCAUGGACCCUGCAGCCUUGAGCUUGGUGCUACGGAGCUGCACAUAGAAACUGGAGGGGUUUGGUGCCUUAGUGUGGGACCAAGAAAGCUGGUGGGCAGAAAACUCCCUGUGCUAGCUCAGAGAAUGUGGGAAAAAAAAGCACCACAUCUUCAAUUCUGCCCUUUGCCAAGAAUUACAGGUCUUCUAGCGGGUGUUCCUGCAUACUCAGGCUUUGUAAACUUUAAUUAAGGAACAGCUGAAUAGCAAUUUUAAAUAAACACAUUUUCAAUGUA